CUGUGUUGAUCUGCCAUUUCUGUGCCGAAGGCGGCGGCGACUGGGAUCCACGCACUUACAGCUCUGAAAUUUUGCGUUUCCUAACUCAAGUCAAAAAUGUCGAAGUCUAAGCCACAACUUCGUGAGCAGAACCUAGAAACUUUAGAUGCGGCGAAGCUUACCCCGCUGUCUCCUGAGGUCAUCAGUCGUCAAGCCACGAUAAACAUUGGCACCAUUGGUCAUGUGGCCCACGGUAAGUCGACUGUGGUGAAGGCCAUUUCCGGCGUCCAGACCGUGCGUUUCAAGAACGAGCUGGAGCGUAACAUUACCAUUAAGCUGGGCUACGCUAAUGCUAAGAUCUACAAGUGCAGCAAUCCCAGCUGCGAGCGGCCGGCCUGUUACCGUGCCUAUGGGUCAGCCAAGGAGGACAACCCGCCCUGUGAGCUUUGCGGACAGUCUAUGGACCUCGUGCGGCACGUGUCCUUUGUGGAUUGCCCCGGCCACGAUAUUCUCAUGGCUACUAUGCUCAACGGUGCUGCGGUCAUGGACGGCGCGCUGCUGCUGAUUGCAGCCAACGAGACGUGCCCGCAGCCUCAGACCAGCGAGCAUCUGGCUGCUGUGGAGAUUAUGCGGCUGAAGGAUAUCAUUAUCUUGCAGAACAAAAUCGAUCUUAUCACGGAAUCCAAUGCCACCAACCAAUACGAGGCCAUCAAGAAGUUCAUCCAAGGUACCAUUGCAGACGGGGCGCCCGUUGUGCCCAUCUCAGCGCAGCUCAAGUACAAUGUCGAUGUGGUGUGCGAGUACGUCGUGAAGAAGAUCCCUGUACCUGUACGCGACUUCACGUCGCCACCCCAGAUGAUUGUCAUCCGCUCUUUCGACGUAAACAAGCCAGGCUCUGAGGUGGAUGAGCUUAAGGGAGGUGUUGCGGGUGGCUCCAUCUUGCAGGGUGUGCUGCGCAUGGGUCAGGAGAUCGAGGUGCGUCCGGGCAUCAUCACCAAGGACGCCGAGGGACGCGUUAAGUGCAUCCCCAUCUUUUCGCGGAUUGUAUCGCUGUUUGCGGAGCAGAACGAGCUGCAAUUUGCGGUGCCCGGUGGCCUCAUCGGUGUCGGCCUCACGGUCGACCCGACGCUGACCCGUGCUGAUCGGCUAGUGGGUCAGGUGCUGGGUCAGGUGGGCGCUCUUCCAGACGUGUAUUCGGAGCUGGAGAUUAACUUCUUCCUGCUGCGCCGUCUGCUGGGUGUGCGGUCGAAGGAGGGCGAGAAACAGGGCAAGGUGACCAAGAUGAGCAAGGGCGAGGUGCUAAUGCUUAACAUUGGCUCCAUGUGCACUGGCGCACGCGUACUGGCAGUGAAGGGUGACUUGGCCAAGCUGCAGCUCACCAGUCCCGUGUGCACAAAGGAAGGCGAGAAGGUGGCACUCAGUCGCCGCGUGGAGAAGCACUGGCGUCUGAUUGGCUGGGGGCAGAUCCAAAAGGGCCUCAAGAUGGACUUGCCCUCGCGCACGGCGUGAGGAUGAGGACGCUACCGGCCGGACGGAGUGUGGAAUGGUGCACGUGCUACCUGGGCCCACCGCGCAUGGGCCCAUCAGAGUGACGACGCUCAACGGAGCGAUAGGUUUCAGCUCAGCAGCGCACGGCUGGGGUGGUGGCUGCUGAUUGUGGGAGUGGUGGAUGCGGAAGGCUUGCGUGGGCGCAGUCUCGAGUGCUUUUUGGGGUCCUUCAUAUGGGAGGUCUUGAAUUCCUGUCUGUCCUUCACUGCAGGGGUGAGGAGAGGCAAGGAGUCUCUUUUGAGGUUAGCGUAGGGGCAGAGUGGCGGGUGGCCACGACAGCUUUAAAUUAGGUCGGGGCUGGCGAGUUCUGGCCAUAGCGGAUCAGUGCUGCAUUGCAGUAGCAAUGUGUCCCGUGCAGGUGGCCCGGGAUGGGCAUCUGAGGCUGAGCAUUCGCGCUGGGUGUACAGGUUCCAUCCGCUGGCUUGUGUUAGGUAAUGGAGACGUCCACGAAUCUGCGCGGCUGCAGGGACAUUGAGGUCGAGAAUGCUGGGUGCGAAUGGCUAUAUAGGUUUCCUGGUGCAAAUGCGUACCAGGUGCGCUGCGCCGCGUCUCCAUUGCGCUGCUGCUUGCGGACAAAAGCUGGUCGAUGCACUUCCGCGUGGCUUUAGUGGCUCUUUUUUGGGGGCCCAUAUGGCUGCUUCGCUAGGGGCAUCUGAAGAACCCCAUGCGCAGCGGUAAAUCCUAUCUUAAAGCACGUGUUAUGUUUAGAGUG